UUUUGGAUACCAAGUUACCUUUGGUACCCAUAAAACACAGGCCUUAAUCUUCAAUCAAAAGACAAUGGGUCACAUUGGAACAGUAAUGAGAAAGCUCCAUGAGAAAGCUCCAUUCCUUGAGCAAUUGGAAACAUGAAUGUGUCCUGAAUAUUUCUUUUUCAUAGGAUUGUGACAACACAAAGCGAGUGUGUUUUAAUGCAUUUCUUUCACAUCUCUAAACCAAUAUAAAUUGGGUUCAAGUCCAUGGCUCAAGUGGAAGGUAGUUUAAGUUCCCAAUAUAAAAACUUGCUAGGGUUUAGGCAACCUCUGUUUCACACAUUCCUCCAUUGUCUUUAAUGGCCUCAUGAAGCACUUACAGUGGACACGACACCUUACAUCGAUAGGCCAAUGAGCCUUGGAACCCUAAAACCCACCUUCAUCAAGCCCAAUUGUCAUGACCAAACCAUGCACCACACGUGUAAGGACAGGAUUGAUGCCGCGUCGACGAGCCAAUUGUCGGAAUCCGGCGACCUUGCUGCCGGAAAAUGGGUCUUUGACCUCAUCCUUGGUUGUGCGAAAGCCAUUACUGAAAAAGACGCGGCUCGGUCGAACCACCUCCUGUGGAUGCUAAACGAGCUUGCGUCCCCCUACGGAGACCGUGACCAGCGCAAGGCUGCGGCCUUCCUGCAAGCGCUCUUCUGCAAGGCUUCCGGCUCGGGAGAUAGGUGCAGUCGGAUUUUAGCCAUUGUUGCAGAGAAGGCUCAAACCUUUGAUUCGGCCCGUCGGGUCAUCCUUAGGUUCCAGGAAGUGAGCCCCUGGACCACGUUCGGGCAUGUGGCGGCAAACGGGGCGAUACUCGAGGCCUUCGAGGGGGUCCACGACCUCCACAUCAUCGACAUUAGCAACACCCUCUGCACCCAGUGGCCCGCCCUCCUGGAGGCACUGGCAAAUCGGAGCGAGGACACACCGCGCCUUCGGCUCACGACGUUAGUAGACGAAGGUGACUUGGGCGGCCCUCACGGUGCAGUACUGAUAGAAGUUAGACAAAGGAUGGAGAAAUAUGCCAGAUUGAUGAGGGUGCCCUUCGAGUUCGAGGCGGUCGGAGGUGGGCUUGGCAGCAUAGGCUCAGUAAGGGUCACAGACAGUGAAGUGGUGGCCGUCAACCUUGUCGGAGCUCUACGGAGAGUUCCUGUCGAUGCGAGACCGAGUGCAGUACAUGGGAUCGCAGCCUUGGGGCCGCGAGUAGUUACAGUUGUGGAGGAGGAGGCAGACUUAACUGGGGGAGAAUGGGCAGGAAGAGUAUCAGAGUGUAUGAGGUUUUACGGCACAUAUUACGAGAUGUUGGACGAGGGGUUCGGGCGCGUGAGCGAGGAGAGACUGGCCCUGGAGAGGCAGUGCGGGAGGGAGCUGGUGCACACCAUGGGAUGCGAAUCUGCAGAGGGAGGACGGGAGAGGAGUCUCCGGUGGAGCGAGAGAAUGCGAAAUGCCGGGUUCGGACCCGCAGCAUUCAACUUCGAUGCCAUAGAUGAUGUACGCGCAUUGCUGAAGAGGUACGCCGGCCGAUGGUCGGUUGUUUCCGGCGAGGUGCCUGACACGGGGCUCUACCUUUCCUGGAAAGAUCAGCCCGUUGUCUGGGCCUCGGCCUGGAAACCCUAGAGAGAUACAUGGAACUCGGUGUUGCCUGGUUGAGAGAGAGCGAGAAAAGGAGGGGCUCUGAGAGAGGGAAGGAGAAUCAAAGUUUUCUCUCUUUCUUUUCCUUCCUUCCUUCACUUUUAGUACGAGAAGAAACUGGGUGGAUUCGCAAGGAGAUUUGGAUUUUUUUUUUCUUCACUCCAGCAGUUUAGGGUCGGUCCGGACACAUAAAAUUAGGAAAAUGCGAGAU